AUGUUCUCAAUGAAAGAAGGAGAAACAAUUGAUGAACUGUUGGAAAGAUUCAACGUUAUCAUCACUGGCUUGGAUGCUAUGGGAACCAAACACUCAGAAUCUUUGCUUGUGAGGAAAAUAUUGAGAUGUCUCACUAAAGAGUGGAAAACCAAGGCUAUAGUAAUAGCUGAGAGUAGUGGCAUUGAUGAAAUGACCUAUGAUGAUCUGAGAGGAAACUUACUUGUCUUUGAAAAUAUUUAUUUGAAAAAGGAUAUAAAAAAGAAAGGAAUUGCUCUCAAAUCAGUCACUGAAUCUCUGGAUGAUGAAUCCAGUGAUAAUUUAUCUGACGAUGAGUUUAUUUUGUUUGCUAAGAAAUUUAGAAAAAUGAUGAAGAUGAAGGAACAAAACAAAGGAGGUGGUUCAAGGAAACCAAAGAGGAAUUUAAGCAAGGUCAUUUGUCACAACUGCAGAGAAGCUGGACAUUACAAGUUUGAUUGUCCAAAACUGAAGAAAGAAGACAAGUCAAAAAUGAAAAAGAAGAAGGGACUCAUGACAUCUUGGGAAGACUUAGAGAAUGACUCUGAGGAUGAGGAAGAAUCAGAUAGCAAAUCUCAAACUUGUCUCAUGGUUGAUCAAACAGAUGAGGUAGAAAAUGAUUUUCUCAAAGAUAAAUUAAGGGAAGCCAAAACCCCUAUUGAUCUUGUUGAAGAAUAUAAGCGGUUAAAGGCUGAAAUUAAGGGCUGUGAGAAACAACACUCUCUGAUUGCAUACUUAAAUUGCUUUGAAGAAAAUGAAAGUGAGAAAAUGAUUGGAGACAAAGUGUACAAGAUAGUAGGCAACUACAAUGGUCUUGGCCAAAGAAGAUGGUUUAACAUUAAAGGAUCCAAAAAGAUUUGGAUACCUAAGCUUGACGAGUAUGAUGGAGGCUUUGUAACUUUCGGUGAUAAUGGUAAAAGGAAAGAUAUUGGCCCUAGUGUUGUUCGUAACAAGGAUAGAUUGGUGGUCCACGGUUACGAUCAAGAGGAAGGCAUUGACUUUGAUGAGUCAUUUGCCCUGGUAGUAAGAAUGGAAGCAAUUCGGUUGCUACUUGCCUAUGCUGCCCACAAGGGUUUCAAAAUGUUCUAA